AUGCCAGGUAUCUGUUACGCCUCCAAGGGGGAUCCAAAAGGCAUUACGCUCCUCAGCACCAUACUAAAAAGCUUGAAGACUUCAUCCAACGAGGAAACGUCCGCGAAAUCUUCUUUAAAAGCACUGGAUUCAUCAAGUGUCGAGGAAUCACAUCUUUUACAAUUGCACAAAAGACUUGGGGAUAAGAGCCUUGAUUAUGAUCAAAGAGCUCAAACAGCUGUUGAAGUGCGACAGGUGCUAAAAAAAUUCGAAAAGAACUGCAUACCUGCUCUGUGGUACUCGGCCCAUGAUUUAAUAAGACCAGAAGUCCCAUUGGGCGCCAGGAAGUGCGCAUUCGAGUUACUGGCUGAAUGUAUCAAUGAUUGCCAAGACCCAGCAGUUAGAGAAAUGUUCUUUCGCAUUGCAAUGACCAUUCUGGCAAGGCCAUCUGAGGACGAGAGCGAAUUUUUAGGUCCGCACAUUGCACUCAUUCUUUCAUGUUUAAGAAGCCUACUAAAUGGUAUGUUGCCGCUGAAGAAGGAUGAUGCUGCAUUUUUGAGAGACUUAAUUGAAGAUAUCAUCGAUGUAUCAAGGCGAAAAGCAAGUUGCCCGGACGCUAAUGUGGUCCAGGAGCUCCUUUUACUUACUCCCAUCCUGAAGGAUCCAAUCCGGCAUGAUAGCUUAGUGAAACUGCUUGAUCUUCUAUCCUCAGCGUUGAAGCCGCCUUCGUCAUCAGACAUCGGACUGUCAUCUAGUGCCGUAGAUUUUAUUUUGUAUCUCACCCAGGAAUAUGGGCAGCUUCUGAGAUCAGAUGUGCUGCGCAGGUUUACAGUCAUUUUAAGCCGAAUAGCGGAUGAGCCAGGUACCGAAAGAAACAUGGAAAAACUCGAAUAUGCGUUGCAUAAAAUUGUCCAGGCUCCCUGUAACUCAGUAUUUCUGGAGGAGCUGUUUGCGGUAGACAAUACGGACUGCUGUGAGCUUAUGAACCUCUACCCACUCAUCUUCGUGGACAAUUUAUGCCGUUGCAGUAAAAACACAGAAGAUCCCCCCAGUGAGAAACAGAUAAACUAUAUGCUGGAUGCUCUGCAUCAAUUGAAAAAAGACAAGGAGAUAUUGAAGGUAAUGACCCGCUUACUGCGAUGUUGUGAACGAACAGGAUUCGCUAGCUCCAUUCUGAGGCAAGGACAUAUUUGGCCUAUGGUAAAGUCGAUUUUGACCAGAGGUCGCGAAGACGAGAUUGUUAGAAAAUUCGUCGAAAGCGUUCUUGAUAUCGCUACUCGUACAAAUCUGUCGCUGUUCUCAACGUCGCUGGAUGAUUUGAUCCAGUCUGUCUGCGCCCUGCAAAUCUCGGACUUUGACAGUCGCAUAAUAAAGUUGGUCAAAGUACGACGAGCAGAUGUUGGAAUGUUCAAAACUCUGGAUGACGUCGCCAAGCGAACUCUUUCGCCUAAUUCCUCGACUAUUUCCCGCCUGGAGCUGUAUAAACUUUUAAUUGGAUUAGUGAAGGAUGCUGCUUUCAGACCGCUGACAAAUACAGCAAACCAGUUUGCGAUAGCUUUGAGAACUUACAAUGGAAGCACGAAUCAUGAAAUGGAAGGUGAAGAGCUGUUACUAUUCGAGAACUUUCUAUAUGAGUACCUGCAAGUCCUUCACGUCAAAGAUUUUCGCUUUUUGAUCACUGAGCAUAUUAUACCGGAUGUACAAGCUAUACUGGCGCAAGCAAAGCGCAGAAAGAGUAUCGUGAAUACCUUGGGCAGCUUUGGAAAGUCCAGACGAGCUAAUGAACAAAACCUUCAAAGAGCCGAUUUUUUGGUGAGAUCCUGUGUGAAAACCUUCAUAUGGAGUGCAACUGAUAGUACUGGUUUUAAAUGCAUUCUUUUAUUCAAUGUUCUAUGCUCGAUAUACAGUACUGCCGAGAAAUUCUCACAUAGCCCCGCCUCACUUGCAGUCGCGAGGGCGAUGAUAAGAAUCAGAAGAAGCACAGAGGGUCAUUUCUACUUUACGAUUCCAAUAGAUGCUGUAGGGAUAAGCGCGGCAUUUCGCAGACUGAAGGAACAAAACACUUAUCAAGGAGACCCUCAUAAAUGGACUUUCCCUGAAUCUGUAGAAUACAUGGACGAAUCUUUGCUCGGAAAACCAAACGAGAACGUUGGAUUCACAAGUCAUGACAAAGAACAAGGAACGAACAUAAAUAUCGGCACAUGGCUUUCUUUAGCAAUUGGUUCUAUCAAGGCUCCCACAGACUGGGAGAUUCAUUCAUACCUUUUGGCCCAUCUCUGCUCGCAACUUUCAGAAAUUCCUUUAUUGUUCGGUCAUUUCAACCUUAUCGAAGACUUCAAGAUUGUUAUAUGUGAUCAUUUGACUCGCGCGACGCCAUUGCAAAUCGAUUUAAGCGAAGGAGUAUCUCACUCUGAUCUUCAUUCGGCUUACGUCAGAAAUCUAUCAUCUGUGCUAGCCUAUCAUCCGUUUCAACAGAAGAAAUUCGCUGAUGAGCUAGUAAGCGCCUUAGUGGUAGGACUCAAAUCCUGGGAGAAGACUUUCAUCCCAAUUCUGCACAUUUUGAGUGUCAGCUGUUUCGAGGUUCCGCUAUCAGUCCAAAAAUGUUUGACUCAUUUAUUACCGCAGAUACAAAUGAGAAUAACCAACCCAUACGCAAUGCCUUCUGUUCUGGAAUUUCUCUUAGCUCUUGGAAAUUCUCCUGGGGUCAUUUCUAAUCUUACAAUUGAUGAAGUUAAGAGAGUUUUUGGCAUCGCGUUUAGGCUUAUAGAAAACUCGGUGGAUUUAAGAAUACGAUCAAAACUGGAAUCAUUAAAAAAUGAUUCUCCAGAGUUGAGUCUUUCACAACCUCACAAUCAGGAGUAUGAUAUUGAAGUUUCACCAUCCACCGAGAACUUUUCCAUCAAAGAGUCCAUGGUGCUGUUUCUGCAGUAUCAGUCAUUUGAAGUAAUAACGUCAUGGUUUUGUAGUCUAAAUGCGGAUCGCAUAAAAGAAUUAUUACCCUUUAUCGUGGCUAACUUGAGGAAGCUGGAAAAAGUUGAGUGUCUAAAGUACGAUGCCCUAGCACAAAUAGACUUUGUGCUAAGAUUCCCGUUCAUGAGGCAUACAUACUGGGGCAUGGCUAAGGAGGAGGGGCAAGGGGCAAAACGAUGGGUUGGUGAGUCAACCAUGAUCUCAAUCGGAGUGAGCGCGGGUGGGGCGCUGGUGAAGGUUUGGAAGCCGACCUGCACCUUUUCCUUUGAAUAUAGGCCCCGGGUUGACCUGUGUGGAGCUACGUAUGACGUAUUCGGCUUCAAUGAAGAUGCUGAAAUGGCUAGUUACGAAGAGUUAUGCCCAGAUACAGUGUUAUCGCAGCUCUCUUACUCUCUAGAGACGGGAGAAGCCUCGCAACAACAUCUCAUCCAAGUACCCGAUGACACGAGUUUCGACAGAUCUAUCCAUAUGCUGGACCAUCUGCCGAACAAAGAGUUCCUCAAAAUCGGUAUUAUCUAUAUCGACAAGGACCAGGACAGCGAAGUCCAGGUCCUCAGCAACACGAAGGGAUCACACCAGUACCACUGGUUCCUCAAUCAGAUGGGCCGGUUCAUCAAACUGAGCGAAAAACCAAAGCUUUUCUAUGCUGGCGGCCUGGAGGAUGUAACCGAUGGCGAGUUUGCUCUCCUAUGGAAUGGCGAGAUUACCCACAUGGCUUUCCACACAACCACUCUCAUGCCCAACAGCACCGAUCUAUCGUCCAAGAAACGGCAUGUCGGUAACAAUUUUGUCAACAUUUUUUACAACGAAUCAGGGCUGCCCCAUUUUAACUUCAACAUCAUCAAGAGUCAAUUCACCUUCAUCAGCAUCGUCAUAACUCCGCUGACCGCAGCGGCCAAAGAUGAGAUUGCAGAACACUACAAGAUUAAGCUCUACAGAAGAACGGGAACGCCUGGACUCCUUUCCUGUGCCCAUUUCAAGAUUCUAACCAAGAACAACUUGGCGAGAUACGUCCGCCAUGUCGCUCAGAUCGCGAACGCUUUAGCUGAGAAAACGCACCAGAGACAUCCGCCGGACGCCUGCUCAGCUUGGGGAAAAAGGUAUAAGCACUUACAGAUGAUAAGAGAACGAGCCGUCAAGCUGAAUAGCGCUGAGAAUGAAGUCUAG